AUGAUCAGAACAGCUCUCCUCUUACCACUGGUUCUCACCAUUGUAGGUGCUGUCCCUGCAGGAAAGCAGCUCGCACCAAGAGGCGGUUGUGGAAACCCGCAUACUGUCACAGUGUCUACGGCAGUGACAAGAACAACAUCAAGAGGAUCGAAUACCUCAAGUCCACCUACACUGCCCUCAACACAAACUUCAGCGUCUACACCCCCAGCAUCAAGCAGCGGAGCUACUAACCCCCCUUCAAAUGGAGGAACACCUCCAGCAAAUGGCUACAGAAAUGUUUUGUACUUCACAAACUGGGGCGUCUAUGGAGCCAAUUAUCAGCCAUCAGAUCUUCCCGCCGACAAGGUCACGCAUCUCCUCUACUCAUUUGCAGACAUAGCCUCAGAUGGUGAAGUCAAAUCUUCCGACGCAUGGUCAGACACGGAUUACUUGUACCCGGGCGACCAGAACACGCCAGGCCAUGCCAACGGUUGUGUCAAGCAGAUUUACGCUCUCAAGAAACAGAACCGGAAGAUGAAGGUCGUUCUCUCCAUCGGCGGCUGGACCUGGUCUUACAAAUUCGUUCCCGUAGCUGCCACCGAGGCUGGCCGCCGGCGCUUCGCGACAUCUGCCGUCAAGCUGAUGGCUGACUGGGGCAUGGACGGUCUCGACAUCGACUGGGAGUAUCCGUCUUCCGCCAAACAAGCCUCAGAUUUCGUUGCUCUACUCAAGGCCUGCCGCGAGGAACUUGACAAGUACGCCGCACAGAACGCCCCUGGAUACCACUUCGUCCUCACCGUCGCCUGUCCUGCGGGACCUACCCACUACCAACAGAUGGACCUCCGGGGCAUGGACCCGUACGUCGACGCGUGGCACCUCAUGGCCUACGACUACGCCGGAUCUUGGGACACGACGACAGGACACCAAGCCAAUCUCUUCUUCAACCCGGCAGCCCCGCAGGCGACAAAGUUCAGCACCGAGGUCGCGCUGACGUACUACCUCGCGCAAGGCAUCCGCUCCGACAAGAUCGUUCUGGGAAUGCCUCUGUACGGCCGCUCAUUCCUAAACACCGACGGUAUCGGCCUUCCGUAUAGCGGCGUGGGCCAGGGUUCCCUCGAAGCGGGAGUGUGGCAUUACAAAGUCCUCCCCCGACCGGGCGCGACGGAGACCUUUGACGAAAGGGCCGGCGCUGUCUAUAGCUAUGACCCAACCUCGCGAGAGCUGGUUACCUAUGACAAUGUGUUGAGUGCGAACUUCAAGACGAAUUACCUGAAGAACAAAGGGCUCGGUGGCGCCGUAUACUGGGAGGCAGCAGGAGAUAGGAAGGGCGAGGGAAGUAUCGUUGGUGCGGUUGCGGCUAACAUGGCGUCUUUGGACUCGACCCAGAAUCUGCUGAGUUAUCCCACCAGCCAGUACGUCAACAUCCGGAACAACUUGGCUUGA